AUGGACCUGGCUUGGGAUAACAGGGAAGCCAUCGCGCGCAGAGGGGCCCCACGUUCCCACUCGCUCGAUUCCCGAGAGCACCACGAGCAGCGGGCGCGCGGGGCUCCCACGGCCGCGCGCGGGGCUCCGUCCCGGUCCCCGGAACGCGGCGUCCCCGUGGACCACGCCGUCUCCCCGCGGCCGUCGGUGCUCCAAGGCCGCAGCGGGCGUUCCUCGCUCCCGCUGGGGGGUUCCGCCGUCAGGCCUGGGGUGCCGAUGCCGAGGAAGGGUUUCCUGCUCGUUCGUAAACCACAGCGCUCUACCACUCGGGCCACCGCUCCCUGCGUUGUGCCGGUGUGCGUCUCACGGACUGCCCCGCCCGGCUGGCGGGGAGCCGCGACGCUCAGAUCUCAGCCUCCAGCGCCGCUGGGAUUGCGGGAGGGCGACCAGCGCCGGCGGGGAUCAGGCUCCUCGUUCCCGGUCUUGAAAGGGUACGGCGGGCGGCCGUCCAAUCGGGGACCGCGCGUCGGAGAGGCGGUGCGUCUGGGGAGGGCCGUCCAAUCCGGGCCCGCGCGUCGGAGGCGCGGUGCGUCGGGAGGGACGGCCGUCCAAUCAGGUCCCGCGCGUCGGAGGCGCGUUGCGUCAGGGGCAGGGCCGUCCAAUCGGGGCCCGCGCAUCGGAGGGGUGGCGCGUCGGGAGGGCCGUCCGACCAAUCGGGGUCCGUGCGUCGGGAAGGACGGCGCGCUGCGCCUCGCCCUGGCUGCUGCUUACGUCCCGCUGUGCCGAGGGCCUUGCUCGGCCUCCCGUGGAACUCCUGCCCGCUGUCUGAGCCGCCGGGGCCAAGACCCGGGCGGCCCUGCAGUCCGGGAAAUGGAGUCUUUCAGCUUCAAGGAUGUGUCUGUGAAAUUUACCAAGGAGGAGUGGGCUUUGCUGAAUCCUUCUCAGAAGACUUUCUACAGAGAUGUAAUGCUGGAAACUUUCAGCAACUUCAACUGUAUAGGACGCAGAUGGACAGACCUGAACAUGAAUGAUGAGCACAAAAAUUCUCAGAGAAAUAUCAGGCAUGUAAUAUCUCACUCUGGAUACAAAUAUGAACAUAAAGAAUGCAGAGAGAAGCUAUAUAAAUAUAAAAAAUGUGGAAAAACAUGUAUCUCUCACAAAAGUGUUCAGCAACACAUGGCAUCUCACAAUAUAAAUGGACCUUAUGAAUGUAAGGUAUGUUUGAAAAUCUUUGAUACUUCUAGUUCAUUUCAAGUACAUCAACAAACUCACCAAGCAAAAUCUCUAUAUAAAUGCCAGCAAAAUGAGAAGUCCUUUGUUUGUUACAGUUCAGGUCAACUACAUGAGAAUAAUCAGAGUGUAAAAAAGUCUUAUGAAUGCAAACAAUGUGGAAAAACUUUCAAACAACUUGGGUACCUAAGGAUACAUGAAAAGACACAUGCUGAAGAAAAUCCCUAUCAGUGUAAACAAUGUGGUAAAUUUCUCAGUUGUCCUAGCGCUCUUAAAGUUCAUGAAGAAACUCACAGUGUAGGAAAACCCUAUGCAUGUAAGCAGUGUGGAAAAGCCUUCAGACAGGCCAGUUACUUUCGAGAACAUGAGAGAACACACAGUGCCAAGAAUCCUUAUGAAUGUAAACAAUGUGGCAAAAGCCUGAGUUCUUCUAGUUAUCUUCGAGUGCAUGAAAGAAUUCAUACUGAAGAAAAACUCUAUGCAUGCAAACAAUGUGGAAAAACUUUCAAACAUCUUAGUUCUGUUCGAAUGCAUGAAAAAACACAUAGUGAAGAAAACCCCUAUGAAUGUAAGCAAUGUGGUAAAAGUCUCAGUUCUCCUAGUGCUCUUAAAGUUCAUGAAGAAACUCACACUGAAGGAAAACCCUAUGCAUGUAAGCAGUGUGGAAAAGCCUUCAGACGUGCCAGGUACUUUCGAGAACAUGAGAGAACACAUAGUGCUAAGAAUCCUUAUGAAUGUAAACAAUGUGGCAAAAGCCUGAGUUCUUCUAGUUAUCUUCGAGUGCAUGAAAGAAUUCAUACUGGAGAAAAACUCUAUGCAUGCAAACAAUGUGGAAAAACCUUCAAACAACUUAAAUACAUUCGAAUACAUGAGAAAACACAUACGGAAGAAAACCCCUAUGAAUGUAAGCAAUGUGGUAAAAGUCUCAGUUCUCCUAAUGCUCUUAAAGUUCAUGAAGAAACUCACAGUGUAGGAAAACCCUAUGCAUGUAAGCAGUGUGGAAAAGCCUUCAGACGUGCCAGUUACUUUCGAGAACAUGAGAGAACACAUAGUGCUAGGAAUCCCUUUGAAUGUAAACAUUGUGGCAAAAGCCUGAGUUGUUCUAGUUAUCUUCGAGUGCAUGAAAGAAUUCAUACUGAAGAAAAACUCUAUGCAUGCAAACAAUGUGGAAAAGUCUUCAAACAACGUAGUUCCAUUCGAAUGCAUGAAAAAACACAUAGUGAAGAAAACCCCUAUGAAUGUAAGCAAUGUGGUAAAAGUCUCAGUUCUCUUAAUGGUCUUAAAGUUCAUGAAGAAACUCACAGUGUAGGAAAACCCUAUGCAUGUAAACAGUGUGGAAAAGCCUUCAGACAUGCCAGGUACUUUCGAGAACAUGAGAGAACACAUAGUGCUAAGAAUCCCUUUGAAUGUAAACAUUGUGGCAAAAGCCUGAGUUGUUCUAGUUAUCUUCGAGUGCAUGAAAGAAUUCAUACUGGAGAAAACCUCUAUGCAUGCAAACAAUGUGGAAAAGCUUUCUUGUGUCACAGCAGCCUCCAAAUACACGAAGGAGUUCAUAGUGGAAUGCAAGCCUAUGAAUGUAAAUAUUGUAGAAAAAGCUUCAGAAGUCUUCGUUACUUUCGAAUACAUGAAGGGAUACAUAGUGGAGAAAAAUGCUAUGAAUGUAAGGAAUGUGGUAAAAAUUUCAGUUGUUCUGCUUCUCUUAAAGUGCAUCGAACAAUUCAUACUGGAGAAAAGCCCCAUGAAUGCAAACAAUGUGGUGAAUCCUUCCAAUAUCUCCGCUGCCUUCGAGUACACGAACAUGCUCAUGCUAAAAUAUGUUCCUAUCGAUGUAAACGGUGUGGGAAGACCUACAAAUACCUCAGCUGCCUUCGAGCUCAUGAGAGAACUCAUACUGAACGGAACCUGUGCAAAUGCAAAUAUUGUGGUAAAACCCUGAGUUGUUCUAGCUACCUUAGAAUACAUGAAAGAACUCAUACUGGAGAAAUGUAUAAAUGUAAAUAGUGUGAUAGAGUUCUUAGUACUUUUCUGUCUCUUUGAGAACAUGAAAGAAUCCAUACUGGAGAGAAACCCUACAAAUAUAAACGGUCUUGGAGGAGCUUCAGAAAUUUCACCUCCCUUCAAGUCCAUGAAAGCUCAUAGUGGAGCCAAGCCCCAUGAAUGUAAACAGUGUGAAAAAUUCUUCAGAGAUCACAGAUGCCUUGAGUACAUGAGAGAACACAUGGUAAGGAAGUCCUUAUGAAUGCAAACAGUGUGGUAAGGCUUUGAGUUCUAAAUUUCCAUAAACAAAUACUGGAGAAAAACCCUAUGAAUGUGAAUGUGGUAAGACGCUGAGGUGUUGGAGCACGUGUUUUCUCUCAUGUUGAAGCUGGAUCUAAAAUAUGUCAGUCAAUGCUAAAUUCUGUGUGACUCCAGUCAUACAGUGAGACCAAAGGAUAACACUUUUAGAAGAGCAACACAAAGUCACAAUGCCUAUUUGCCUCUGAUCAUAACAGUGAACUCCAGGAAAUGGAAAUGUUUUUUGUCCUUGUGCCUUUUUUGUUUUCUUUUUGUAUUGUUUAUCUGAACUUAGGAGGUGGUAAGGGUGUGCACAGAAAUGGAGGCACAACGGGUGAACAAAAUGUAGCAGUGGUACUCAUUAGACACCUGUGAGCAUCAUACCACUUGACAGUGGGGAUGGAAGAGGAAACAGGGAGAGCAAGGGAAAGGGUGACAUUGUCCAAAAAAGGAAUGUGCUCUACCUGACUUUUGUGACUGUAACCUCUCUGUACAUCAACACUAUAAUAAUGAAAAUAAAAAAAAAUUAAGUAGUAGGUAC